UCGCGAGGCACGCGCGACACGCGGGCCACCUUCGGCGGUUGGAGACUGGGCGGGCCCGACGUGCCGUCUCCGCUCGCGUCCGAGUUGGCCCGUGGGAGGCGGCGCCCGCAGCUGUCCCCCGUCGGCGCAUGAGCUAGGCCCAUCUCGGGGACGUCGAGGCGGGCCGCCCAAAUUGCCUGACGCGAGAGUCGGUCACUGCAAGUAAAUCGGGAGGGGAUCGUGCCAAGGACUGACCCGACACGCACACGCCUCGGACUUUCUAUGCGUGGCGCUCCGACUCGGGAGCAGCAGAAACGACCCGAGUUUGCAACAGGCACCGCUCUCUGAGUGAGCGAAAUCAGCCAGCCGCUCUUUCGACCACCGCCCAACCUUCAAGAUGACCGACGCUGCGCACCUCGCGGCCGCUCCCGCCCAACCUGCGAGCGCGACACCCCCUCAGGCAGCAGGCGCUGCGCCACCGCCUCCUCCCCCUCCCCUAGGCUACGCAGCUCCUCCACCCGACGACGCAGCUGCACCAGCUGCUGCCGCUCCGCCCGUUGCACCUUCGCCCGCCCAAACCCCGCCGCGAGCCCCACCAGCUCCCGCAAUGCCGCCAGCCGCCGCACCGCCGCCUCCUGCACCGCAAGUUCUCGCACCUCAGCCUGCCGCACCGCCGCCUCCUGCACCGCAAGUUCUCGCACCUCAGCCUGCCGCACCGCAGGUGCCACCGCCACAGCCGUCUACUGCGGCGCCAAAGCAGUACACCGCUCAGACACCUUGCCAGGUGCCUGGGACGUGCGCCGUGGCAACGGUCAAGAGCGCACCUUCAGAGUCGCUCAAGAGGGAGUACGUUACAGCAGUGAAGGCGUACGAACAGCAAGUGGGCGCCAACGUCGUGCGCGGCAAGAUGUUUAUUGAGAGCUUACCCGCCUCUGAACGGCCAGCGAGCCGCGGCGUUUCCCCUACAGGAAUGCUACCGGGAAUGACUCCGGGAAUGACUCCGGGAAUGGCUUCGGGAAUGGCUCCGGGAAUGGUUCCGGGCAUGGCACCACCGGGAAUGGAAUGCGGCUACAACAUGGCAAUGGGCAUGGGACCCGGCGGGCCCUGCGGAUACGGCCAGCAGGUGACUAUGGGUGGUGGUGGCUACGGCGCGUCGCCGUUAAACGUACAGCGAAGCCGGGAAGAGUUCAAGAAUAUGAUGAACACUAACACGGGAGUGGAUUUCGCCCGGUUGGCUGAAAUGGGACCCGAAGUUCAGAGGCUGCUGGAUAUGGGCACCCAGAUUGACCAGAUUCUGGAAGCCGCCCGGAGGGCCGAGAGGCCCCCGAUAAUAAUGGAUUCGGGUCCCACAGAAGGGUACGACGGCCCCGCAGCGGGCUCCGGAGGGCUACCACCAUUGAUUUCUGGCGGCGCCUACAACAGACCCAUGCCAGGCGGCUUCGGUAGGCCUAUGAUGCCGCCCUACAACGCGCCGAUGCCUAGCAUGGCGAGCGCCUACAGCUCAGAACGUUUUCCACGGGAUUACGGCAGGCCUGACAUGGGCUCGCGGAUGGUGGAUUCCGCUGGGUGGCCGACGGAUGGUCCGAGGGACCAUGGAAGGCGAGCCGUGUCGAGAGAGAAUACCAGAUCUCACAGGGACGACUACACCGAUGGCAGCAAACCGACCGCCAAACACUCUUUGAGCAGGGCUUCAGACCUACUACAGAAGAUAAAGGAGGACAUCGACGAGCACCGUGCCGAGACAGUGCUGGAGAAGAUUCGCUGGGACGUCGACGAUGACGGAGGCCGUGCAACAGCCAGGAGGAACAGUCUGCCGCCGGAGAGGAGGAUGACGCCUUCGCGCACCAUUCAAAGAGAGUACGACGAACACUACGGCGUUGAGGAGAGGCGGUCGCCGAGGCCGAGGCGAAGACAGUCGCGACACAAGCCCUCGUCGUCUUCAUCAUCAUCAUCUUCGUCCUCUUCCUCUCACGGCAAGCCUCACAGAAGGCGGUCGCACAAGUCCAAGGACAGCAAAGGCAAGCACCACAAGUCAAAAGGAAAGAAGAGGAGGGGAUCUCUGCCCGCGAAGAAGAGUUCAUCGUCGUCCUCUUCGUCCUCGUCCUCGGGACGUCGCUCGCCCAGGAACAAAGGCGGCAAGUCCAUCGAGUUCGUCAGGAAUAUCACCGAGCGGUUCAGCUCGGAGUCCGCCGAGGGAGACCCGACGGCGGGUCUGGACGAGUUCCACCAGAAGUACAUGAUGAUCGCGCGACCCGGGAGCCGCGGGAUGAUGAACGAGCCCGGCGUCGGCAGGUCCGGCUGUCCCCUCCGCAAUGCAAUGGGCGUCGGCUCGCGGGAGGAAGGCGCGCUGCGGACGCAGUCGAGGUCGUUCGGAGGCAGCGUCUACAAGUACGGCCCGCCGCCCACCGACCAGGCCGUAAAGCAGCGGAUGUCGUCGGGUGGCGCGCUGUACCGGUACGAGAGCCAGCCGUCGGCUUUCAAGCGGGAGUAAAAAUGUGUGGACGCUCGGGCGAUCCCCCAGAUUUGUCACGAUUGGAGGACAGAAUCGCCUGCCUCUGCGAUCGCGUCUUCCUCGGCUCCAAGAAUAAAUUCAA